ACAAAACCGUUUCAAAGUUGAAAACUGACUUUUCUUGAAACCACUUGCAGUCCGGCGCUCGUGAAGAAGUGUAGUGAAAGUUAUUUUAGUAAAUUGUCCAAGAUGGUGAACACAACAAGUUCAGUAGGGCCCCCCGACUCACUUUUCACUCUUAACAACCCUGCUUUUGGCAUUUACUUAAUAAGUGCCUGUUUGCUGGUCUUAAAAAUGAUGGGCAUGUCUCUACUCACCAUCUAUAACAGAUUCAAAUAUAAGGCUUUUAUUUGCCCUGAAGAUGCCAAAUGGUUACAAGGACAAGUCGUAGUGAACGAUACGGUGGAACGGAUGAGGAGAGCUCAUCAGAACGAUUUGGAAAACAUUCCAAUUUUUCUAGCAGCCGCUUUUGCCUAUAUUUUCACGCAGCCCCCUGCUUGGCUUGCUUGGGUCUUGUAUCUCGGGUUUACCAUCCUUAGGGCUCUUCAUACCAUCGUCUAUACUUUAAUCGUGCUCCCACAACCCACAAGGGCACUUCUGUGGGUUGCUGGGUUCUUAAUUACAGGAUAUAUGGCUGUGCAUGCUGCCUUGCAUAUUUUUAUUUAUUUAAUUAUGUAAAUUUUUGAUAAUGUAGUUUUAAUAGAACUUGAAAGCAGUCACAUUAAAUAUAUUUUUAAGUAGUCAAGUAAAAUGUAAAAAAUACAUUAAAUAAAUAUAUAUUAACGUU